CCCUUCCUGCGGAAGCAGCCGCCACAGUAGUGAAUGUAGCUGCCACUGUCACUGACAGGUCUUAAAUUCACCCCUGCAGUGCUCCGGGAGCCUGGCUGAUGCCGGUAACUUCUCUGCCAGGUCUGGCCAUUGAAAGCUCGAGACUGGGGAACGAAGCAGACGUUGAAGGUUUCUGUUGGUUUUACAUUAAGGAAGGACUCCUCUUUUUUAGUUGGUUUUUAAAAAGAGCUGGUAGGAGAGAGAGCCAUCCUCACAGUGGAACCGGGUUCUUUCCUCUGAAGUUACAGCUGCCGUAAACCCAUCUCCAUCGGACAUGGCCACCAGCGGCUUUCACUUUGUACCGUGUGAGACCAAACGGACCUCCAGACAGCUUGGAGCAUCUGCUAUGGGAAGACCUGAAGGUUCAUCAGCCAAGGUGGAUCUCAAGAGCGGCCUGGAGGAGUGUGCAGAGGCACUGAACUUAUUUCUAAGUAACAAAUUUAAAGAUGCCCUAGAGUUGCUACGUCCAUGGGCCAAGGAGAGCAUGUACCACGCCUUGGGCUACAGCACCAUUGUGGUGUUGCAGGCUGUCAUGACCUUCGAGCAGCAGGACAUCCAGAAUGGCAUCUCUGCCAUGAAGGACGCUUUACAAACCUGCCAAAAAUACAGGAAGAAAUGCACAGUUGUCGAGUCUUUCUCAAGUCUCCUUUCUCGAGGGUCCCUGGAACAACUGAGUGAAGAGGAGAUGCAUGCUGAGAUCUGUUACGCCGAGUGUCUCCUACAGAAAGCAGCACUCACAUUUGUGCAGGAUGAAAAUAUGAUCAACUUCAUCAAAGGUGGACUCAAAAUUAGAACAAGUUACCAAAUAUAUAAAGAGUGCCUUUCCAUUCUGCACGUCAUUCAGAAGAACAAACAAGAGCAGCACUUCUUCUAUGAGUUUGAGGGAGGAGUCAAGCUUGGAACGGGGGCCUUUAAUUUGAUGCUCUCUCUUUUACCAGCAAGAAUCAUCCGGUUACUAGAAUUUAUUGGAUUUUCUGGAAACAGGGACCUAGGCCUUCUGCAGCUCCGGGAAGGUGCAUCAGGAAGCAGCAUGCGGUCCCCGCUCUGUUGCCUUACCAUCCUGGCCUUCCAUACCUACAUCUCCCUCAUUCUCGGUACAGGAGAAGUGAAUGUGGUGGAAGCAGAGAGUCUCCUUGCUCCGUUCCUUCAACAGUUCCCAAAUGGCUCCCUCAUACUGUUCUAUCAUGCCCGAAUCGAGCUGCUCAAAGGGAACGCUGAAAAGGCUCAAGAAACAUUUCGAAAGUGCAUUUCAGUUCAAGAAGAGUGGAAACAGUUUCACCAUCUCUGUUACUGGGAAUUAAUGUGGAUUCAUAUAUACCAACAAAAUUGGAUGCAGGCGUAUUACUAUUCAGACCUACUUUGCAAAGAGAGUAAAUGGUCCAAGGCAACAUAUGUGUUCUUGAAAGCUGCCAUUUUGAGCAUGCUUCCAGAGGAAGAAGUGGCAGCGACUAAAGAGAAUGUGGUGUCUCUGUUUAGACAGGUGGAUGGUCUGAAGCAGAGAAUCGCGGGGAAAUCUCUCCCAACAGAGAAGUUCGCUGUGAGGAAGGCGCGGAGGUACUCACCCCCAGCAGGCGUCCCCGGAAAGCUGGUGCUGCCAGCCCUGGAAAUGAUGUACGUCUGGAAUGGCUUUUCAAUAGUGGGAAAAAGGAAGGACCUUUCUGAAAAUCUCUUGGUGACUGUGGAGAAGGCUGAGGAGGCAUUGCAGAAUCAAGACUUUACUGACUACUCUGUGGAUGAUGAAUGCUUGGUGAAAUUACUGAAAGGAUGCUGUCUCAAGAACUUGGAGCGGCCCUUGCAAGCUGAGCUGUGUUUCAACCACGUUGUGGAAAGUGAAAAACUAUUGAAGUACGACCACUAUCUGGUGCCAUUUACGCUGUUUGAGUUGGCAUUUUUGUAUAAAAGCCAAGGGGAAAUUGACAAGGCCAUAAAGGUCCUAGAAACUGCAAGAAAUAACUAUAAGGAUUACUCCCUGGAGUCCAGACUGCACUUCAGAAUUCAAGCAGCUCUUCAUCUCUGGAAGAAACCUUCCACAGACUGAUCCGGAACACGCAGGAUGGAAUCUUCCCCCCGCUAACAUUGACUCUUGCUAUGGAGAUCAGUCUCUGUGUCAGGGUGGAACCAUGAUCCUUCAAAUCAGAAACAGAAAGCCUGCUGUCAGGCACUUCCUGUCACCGGAGUGGCGUACUGUUUGGUCUACAUAUUUCCCCUCUGGAAUGACAUUUAAUACUACACAGAAAUUCUUAUACUCUGCCUUCACUGUAGAUUUCAAUUGAGGGGGUGAAGUCUUUUAAAAGACUGGCAGGUACAAUAAAGCCUAGUUAGAUUAUUUAUUUUUUUAAUGUAAAAAUUAAUAUUGUUCAAAUAGUAAAUGGCUUUAUCAGCUGAGCCAUUUUUAGAUUGGCUUGUCCUUUAAACUUCAGAGAUAUUUUACUGCUGUUUAAAUCUCUGAGAGUAAAUAAAUAUCACAUCUAUAAUAGUAUGACAGUGGGUUUCUGAAGAUUCUGGAAGAGGGAAGUGAGGGGCCUGAGGUGGGUGAAGUAUUCCUAGGCAGAAGGGACUUGUAUCUCAGCAAGAUGUUGUAAGUUUCAGGAUUUCCAGUCCUCUCAUUGGUUGAAGGUGGUGGCAUUUUUCAGAAACUAUUCUGUAUUUGAAUGUACUCAUAUCAGAUCCAAUAAUAGCAUUCAAUCACAUAGACACAUUUCUUAUGUAUCUAAGGGAAUAAAAAGCUAUAUUUUAGAUCUCCCUAAGCUUAGUGCGGAGGCCUGAAAUACAGACUUCCAUUGUGUUUCUUACAGGAAGGGAACGCUCCUGUUGCUUUAAAUGACAUGUGACAUUGUGUCAGAGAUUGUUUACAGUCAUGAUGCUGCUGACCCAGGGGCAUGGCUCCUUCCAAAUAUCCAGGCUGCAUUGUGGUUCUCUGAGUAGGAACCCGGAUCAGAGCACGAGCAGAUGCCCUUCUGGAGUCCCCACACCUGUCAAUCACCGUCUGUGAAUUAGAAAGAACACGCUCAUUUCGUGAAACAGAAAAGGCACAGGCGGCUUUAAAGUUCUCUUUGAAUUGUAUAACUGUGAGUCUCUGUGUUAGACAUUUUCAACAAUGUUUAGCAUUAAUUCAAACUCUGCCUGUUAGAAUAUAGUUUCUUCAACCCCUCGCUCUCCUCACAGUCAACGGCCUAUCGAUAGUGGGUGUUAUAGCUGAGGGCCAGAUUCCACCCAGUGACAAAAACCAGUUAGAGAGUCCAUGGACCUGGGCUUUUGUCUCAUUUCUAUUAUUUCCAAGACCAGUAACUUCUCUAGAGGGUAGAUGGCUCCACCUUCCCUCGUCAGAGCCCCAAGUUUGUAGUUCGGAGUCCUUCUCUUGUUGGUUAAUAGUUAACAACAUAAGGCAAAUAACUUACCUUCUCCAGGACUUGGGUUUUCCAGUGGGGGUGGCAAGGUAGCACUCACUGCCUGAGGCCCCCAGAGCUGGUGCAUGUGGUAGCUUUCUGUAUACCUGGGAAGCUGUACACGUAAGAGUGAGUUUGAUAACUAUGGUCUUGCACAUGGAUUACAAUACCUCUAGUAUCCGCUGAGUCUGUGGUCUCUUGUCUACAGUGAGAUGAAUGUGAGCAUUCAGAACCUUUCAGUUUAUUUAUUUAUGCAUUUAGCACUGACAGUGGCCCAGAUUGUGGAGUUGCUCCUGCUGUCCCCGACUGCAGUUCCCCAUGCUCAGCAGGCACUGGUGGCCUAUUACGUAAGGUGUCAUUUCUUGAUCAGCAUUGAUAACAUGGAGGCAGAAAUCAUUAUAUCUCACUAAUAUGAAUCACACAAUUAGCUACAGAUAGUAGGGAAAUAAAUUGUCAUGAGGUAUAGAAAUAUGUUUAAUAAUUAUAUAUAUGAAGAAAAGUUUAUAAAUUCUUUAGAAGAGCUUUGAUAACGAUAUUUUAAAAACACAAUCUAUUCAUACUAUUAAUGUGAUGGGGUGUGGUGGCACACACUGUUAAUUCUAGCAUUUGGGGGGCAGGGGCAGGCAAAUCUCUGAGUUCGAGGCCAGCCUGGUCUAUUUAUUCAAAACUCAAACCAAACAAACAAAAAGAAAAUCCAUAUUUUGUGAGAAACUAUCAAAGCUCAUGGUCUGUAAAUUCCCAUUCUGAUAUAAAAAAUGAAAAAAAUUAAGCUAAAAAUGACUGUUUUAGAGAUUGGAGGGUGUCCUGGCAGUUAAGGGCACUUUCUGCUUUUCCAGAGGACCAGGGUUUGUUUCCCAGCACCCGUGGCAGGCAGUCCUUAACUGUCUGUAACUCCAGAAGAGCUGACACUCGCUCUGGCCUCUGUAGGCACCCAAACACACAUGGCUUGCAUUCACAUAGAAACACACAUACAUACACAUUAAGUAGACAACAAAUCAUUUUUUAAAUGACUACUUUUAUACUAUCAAACAAAUCUACUUGUGCUAUUUUCUUUUGUUUAUAUUGCUCACAUUCUCUCUGUCAGCAGUGUGGACCAUCUAUCCAGUGGCUUUGUAAGUACUGCAAUAGAAUUAAUACCACAGAACUUUAUCUAGUUUCUGUCAUGUUCAAGAUACUGUACUGGCACCAAUUUCUUAGGAUGUUUGUAAGAAUCAUCUUUUAAAAUCUGUUGUGAUUUAAGAUGUUUUUUGAAGAGCAAGUGCCUAAGAGACAACGUUAUCUAAUCAUCUUUUUGAGGCCACAGGCAAUAGGCUGGGUUUCCAGUAUGUCUGAUUGCAGUUUCUGUAGCUCCCCGCAGAGACAGUGUUCUGAGUGGUGUUUUGUAAAUGUAAGGAUUGUAUUUCAGAGCCUCAGGAGGGAAAGCCUAAUUUCCUCGGGAGAAUUGAUGGCAGGGUAACUACAGCAUCCCGAGUGUAUUUGACCACUUGCUCUGUCUGCACAUAGGAGAUGUUCCCGAGUUACACUGCAGACAGUUCAGUGGCCGGCCUUCCACCUGUCCUGAGGACAGGAAGAGACAAGUGGGCAGGAGCUAAGAGAGAUCAAUUUCAGAUUCCUGGACACUGCAGCCAUUAGAGCAAUCCAACAGCCCUACCAGCUCCUUGGGAAUGGAGUGAAUUCAGCAGUUCUGGUGACUGUCAUCCCGCCCUGGACUGAGUGUCUAUCUGGGUUCAUUGAAUUGGAGGUCACCUCAUUCUACAGUGCUUUGAUCAGGGUCUAAAAGCUGAGGUAGGGAAAGGUAAAAAGCAGGUACACCCUCUUCAAAUAGAAGCGCAUGUUCCUUGUCAAUCAUUCUACUGUGAUGGGCACUAGCGUCAUCUGCUAUUGUGUUUGUUAUGGGUCUGGCUGGCUCAUCUGUCCUGUGCCAUCUAUUCUGGAUAGAUCCUUGUUAGUAGAGCCCCACUCCCUGGACAGUA